AUGGCCGUCAAGGGGGCCAAAAGGCAAGCACCCUCUCAGCGAGGAGGUCCGUCAAAGAAGCCAAAGCUUGCCAAAGGAAGCAAAUCAGGCAGUAAGAAUGUGGCCGGGAAGGGGAAGGACAAGGGUAAGGGGAAGGAGCGGGCAUACGAGAGGGACGUCGUGGAGAUUCCAGCUGCUCUAGAGGAUGCGGAGGCCGAGCUAUCAGAGGAAGAUCUCGAGCUAUUGAACGAAUACGCGGAUAACGCCAAAUUCCUCAGUAGCUUGGAUCCCAAGGCCAUUGGAAGGAGUAAGAAAGAAACUGAACGACUGCAUCGCAUGAACAAACCUGUGCGGGUGACCCGUAAAGAUGACCUCCCAGACAUUGACUCUAACGACGAGGACGAAGAUGAAAAUUCCUGGAGCUCGGACAUUGAAGAGGGCGACUUUGAAUCAGAUGAGCCCGGCUCUGCUUCCGCCUUCCCGAGCUCAUCCGAAGCGGACUCUGAGCUGGAUCCAGAAGAGCUGUACGAAUCUCGCCAGCGACCGCCUGCAUGGACAUCGGAACCCGAACCCAAAGGCGUUGUCAACCGUCUUCCCAUAAAACUGGCGGAUGGCCGGAUUCAGAAGACCGAAGGUCGAAUUCGUAUUGGUCCAGAAGAUGAGGAGAGCAGCGAGGAAUCCAUGGACAGCUCUCCAGAAGAAGCUGAAGCGUCGCGAGUAGAGGAUGUCUCUACCGGGGCGCGCUUCGGUCGUCCAGCCGUCAUAGACGUGAUUGGGAGUAAGUCAAGAAAGGCUCGUAUAGAGGCUGCCAAAGAACAGAUCGCGAGCAUAUGUCAAGAAAUUGUGGCUGAUCCUGAGAACAGCCUUGGGCUGCUGCGACGACUUCAUACGUUCUCGCUGCCAUCCAUAUCCACACCUACGCACCCCGAGCCGGUGACGAACGACCCCACGAUACGCAAGCUAGCCAUGCUCUCCCAGCUUGCUGUCUACAAGGACAUCAUCCCCGGCUACCGAAUUCGUCCGCUCACCGAUAAGGAGAAGGCAGAGAAAGUGAGCCAGAUCGUAGCCAGGACACGUGAAUACGAACAGGGGCUCGUCGGAGUCUAUCAGACGUACUUACGUGCGCUCGAAGCCGAGGUCAAAGGUCAGACAGAGCUCGCCGAUAUCGCGCUGCAGUCCAUGUGCACCCUCCUGGUGGAGGUGACUCAUUUCAAUUUCCGGAUGAACCUCAUGAACUGCAUUGUCGCCCGACUGAGUAAGAAGUCUUGGGAUAAGUCCUCGGAACUGUGCCUGAAUACGAUCGUCAAGGUCUUCCGUCAGGACCUUACGGGCGCCCCAUCACUGGAGCUGGUUCGGCUGCUGAACCGCAUGAUCCGGGAGCGAAAAUACAACGUGCACCCGAACGUCCUGAGCUGCCUGCUCCAUCUCCGCCUCAAGACGGAGCUCAACGUUCGAGCAUCGGAGUCUAAGGCGGAAAAGGAAGGUGACAGUGCCAAGGGUCAGCAGAAAAGGAUAUCCCGCCAUGGUAAGGGCAAGAAGACCGACGCCCCUCACCUGAGCAAGAAGGCCAAGAAGGUUCUCAAGGAGCAAAUGGAAAUCCAGAAGGAAAUGAAGGAGGCCGCCGCCGAGGUCGAUAGGGAAGAGCGUGCUGCUACGCAAACAGAGACCCUGAAAUUGCUGUUCGUCCUUUACUUCCGGAUCCUGAAAAAUCCGGAGCCGACCGCACUGCUUCCAGCUGCGCUGGAAGGGAUUUCUAAAUUCUCUCACCUCGUUAACAUCGACUUUUUCAAGGACCUCAUGCAGGUUUUGAAGAGCCUGGUGCUCAGGGAUUCGAAACCUCCCUCGGACGAUAGUCUUGACGACGUCAGCAGCAUGGAGAAAAGUGUGCGGUAUCGCCUCACCUGCAUAACCACUGCCUUUGAACUCCUAAUUGGGCAAGGAGAAGCGCUUACUCUCGACUUGACGGACUUCAACAAUCUACUUUACGCCCUUAUUCCUGCCCUAGGACUCAUUCCAGAUAUCGAGCGGAUCCCGCUUGAGUCGUCGGCGGCAAAGCUGGAGCACAGAUCCAUUGCUGAUAUGUUCUUCCGCGCCUUGGAUUUGGUGUUUUCGCCGCGUAUGACUCAGCACAGCUCCCCCGCCUGGCGGUCUGCAGCUUUUGCAAAGCGCGUCCUGUCCACCGCGCUGCACUGGCCGCCGGCCAGUGCUGUGCGGGCCAUUCAUUUCGUGGAGCGACUCAUCGUAAAGGACACGAGGCUGGACUAUCUCUUGUCCACGGAAGAUCGCACGUUCAACGGCGUUUAUCGUCCCGACAUCGACGAUCCCCAGCUGUGUAACCCUUCCGCCGCGUCGCUCUUUGAAGUUCACAUCCUCGCGAACCAGCACUGGGAUGUACGCGUCAGAGAUGAAGCCCUCAACCUCGUCAACUUCAUACGUCAGUAG